AUGGAUAAUCAAAUCUUACUUAGAGAAGAUGAGAUACAACUAGAGAAGAUGUUGCUAAUAUGUUCAUCCAUGAAAUCGUCAAGACAAUGCUCAGAAAAAAUUGGUCCAGGUGAAAAUGUUCUAACCAUUCAGGCAAGAGGAGAGUCAGUUACAUGUCAUUCAAGGAAUAGGUUCACACAAAAGUCAAUUUACUCAAAGGAGGAAUUGGUCAUGUCCAAGGUACAAUAACUAUAAUAAUAAGAGUACUAAUUAUGAUAAUGAUUAGAGUAGUAAUAAUUCUUUAUGUUAAGAAAAAUUGUAAAUACUCAUUGUAGAUAAUUUCACAAAUUUGUUCUGUUAAUGGUAUUCAGCAUAAUUAGGGUAAGGGUUUAUAACCAUUUUGCUUUUUCUUACCUUCUCAGCAUAUAUGUACUUGUAGUUUAAAGUAUUAUUGAACAAAUAGUUUUGUCACUGAUGAAUAACUUAUUUUACAUAUUAAAAUAUUUACUGACAACCAUAGCCAUAGAAAACCACAGUUUGAUAAAAUUAAAAAAGAAACAUUAAACAAUCUGGUAUUCAACAAAAUUAAGCCUGCCAAUUUAACAGGUUUGCUUGCUAAAAAAAAAGCUAUUAAAACAUUAAAACACCGCGCCAUGUACCACCAUACAAAUAAUGCACCACUACUCUCCACGGACCAUCAAAAAUGUCAACACUAAAAUCUAUUUAAUACUCAAUCUAUUUAUAGAAUUUUUAAUAUAGGUUGCUAUUUGAAAACUAAAUGUAGUUAGUGGUUUUAACCCAAAAAAUAAGGGUGACAAAAAAUAACAAAUUUAAAAUUGUAGAGCUGCCUAUUUCUUAAAUGUUCUAUAAAACAAAUUCUGAAAAAAAGUUAAUGCCUUCUGAGAUAAUGAAUGUAUUAUGAUAGAUUGGUUAUUUUGUAAAUUUUAUAUGUAUUAAUUUGAUAUGUUCUAUAAGAACAUUAUUAACUAUUACAAUUAAAACCAUAUAAGUAUUAUAUUAUUAUAAUAAAUAAAUAAUAGUCAAGUUUAAUUAUUUUUAACAUAAUAUUAUUAAAAAGUAAACUCAAACAAAAUAGAAAAAAUUACAUUAAAACUCAAUUUAAUAUUUUUUUUCAAGAUUUUUUUGAACUAAAGAUAUUUAUGACAUGUUUAUAGUCAAUUUUGGAUGGUACUUCUUCUUCAAUUGAUACUUAAGUGAUCUUGAGAAAGUUUUUCUAUCCUAGUCUAUGCACAAAUAAGUUUUUAUUAGCUUUAGUUUUGAAAAUCUUUCUGCACAAUCUGAGGUGACAGAAAAGGUUAAAAAUUUAGCUCGUAAAAUGAAAUUUGACUAUUAAAAGACACUUUAAAAUUGAAUACCUAAUAAUUAGUUUCUAUUAAACAUUCUCAAAAUGUACAAAGUUAUUUUGUGUGUACAUAUUUAUUUUUUUGUAAUGAAAAAAAAUGACUGUUAAAAAUAAACUGGAAAUAGUCAAAAUAUUAGAAGUCGCUGGGCUCAUUUUGAUGAAAAAGUACAAGGAUGUUAGAAACGCUAAAAUAAUAAUAUAAAUUGUGUAGAAAACAAUUUAACAUACAAACAUAUAAUAUUAUGAAAAUAAAUUAAAUUACUUAUAUCUUAAUAUAAUAGUACCUAUUAAUAAUAAGUACUUGUUCUAAAUUAAACAGCAAUCUUCCAUAUUUCUGUAGACUUUGCUCCAUGGGUAGACUGUGAAGUGACCAACUUAAAAAAAAUGAUUUACAGUGUUUUAUAUUAGUUAGGAAUGUUAUUAAUUUUUAAUUAUAUGAUUAUUUUAAGUGUAUUUCUAAUUUUACAGUAUGGUUUUGUCUUGUGUGUCAAACAGUCAAACGAGUUCAAGAAUCAACAUGUAAUACUCUAGUAUUAUAUUAAUUUUUCUGGUUGAAUUAAGAUACUACUUAUGACAGUGGCUUGCCCAUAGUAUCAAGUACGAAGUACCUAUGUUAUAAUAACUUUUAUAAAUGUAUUGUCAUUUUUCAUCCAAUUUAUACCUAGACUAAAAUCGCCAUAUGACAAGAUGUUAUUUUCUGAUUGCCCCACACUCAAAUCUAUCAAGGAAUCGAGCGAAGAAAUGGAACCUGUUCUAUCACGAAAUCCAGCAGGCAUUCUCACAGUGGACCAAUCACAGCAUCAUCACUAAGCAGGCGAUCCACACCAAAACAAUUGUCGUGUGCAGCAGGCUUUUCUUAUGGGUUAGAAUUGUUUAUUUUAUAAGUUUGUAGAAUUUCUUAAUAGAUAGUAGCAGCAAACACAGUUGUACCUUAUGUUUAUUUAGACUAGACUCUGCAUUCUGCCGAUCCAUUAAUUUCCAGUUCUACAUAAUUUAGUUUGUCUAAAAUGGGAGCUGGCUAUUAGGGAACCCUCCCCUAUAGAGAUAUGAUGUUUAUUAGCCUUCUAACUCUUUCAAUCUAUAUCAUUUUAUACUGUUAAAUGUUAAAUGGUUUAUCAAAUAUUAGUAUUGGGUAUAUUAAAAUUUUAGAAAAAUAUUCUCUAGGUAUUUGAAUCUACACAGUAAAUUCUGUUUAUGUGUUGUUUAAUAAUGUAUUUAUUGAACUUGUCUUCACCCAUAUGGAUAACCUAUGGACAAACAAAAGAAAUUUUUUAGAAGUAGACACAGUAAAAUCCUAAUAAAUAUUUUAAAUUUAUUUCUUGUUAUAUUAUAGGUAGUAUUUAUUUUAUUAUACUUUACAUAUUUGAAUCAGUUUAAACUAGAACUUUAAGUGACAAAAAUCUGAGGGGGAACAGUUAUCAAUGAAAAAUGUUGAGCUUUCCCUUGUCAUAUAAUUGUUUAUUACAAAAAAAAAAUUAAUAGAAGACAGUUAAAAAUUUGGACAUAAGUAGUCCUUUUUUUGUGUCUUUCUAUUCUUUAACCGCAUAUUUAAAUUAUUUUGAAGGGCAAAGGUUAAGGCUAAAUAGUAGUAAGUUGGCCCCCCCAUUGACAUUUUCAAAACCGGCCGCCUAUGAUUUGGGGUGUUGAAAGAAUAGUCUAUAAGAUUUUUCUUGCAUAAGCAAGGAAAUGCAAAUAAAGCUAGUUAAGUAUAAUAUAAUAUUCAUGAAACAAACAUUUAACACAUUAAAGUAUUUAAAAAUUUAAACUUAUUUAUUUAAAUUUUGUUACUUUUACAACACGUAUCUACUAUUUAUAUUUUGCAUACAAUUACAAUUACAUUGCGGGAGUUCAAAUUUGUUGUAGUUUUUCAUUUUCCAUACUAUUCACAACUCCCGCCGUUAUAAUUUUCUGAUAUUUACAUUAUAUGUACUUUUAUUAAUUAUAUUAUAUUUUACAAACCUUUUUACAUGUUAUAAUAUAAUAAUUAUUAUAACUAUUAUAUUUUUCAGAUCCAACUCAACGUAGUAUACAAUCAAUUCAUAAACCAAGAAAUAUAUGUAAUUUAUGGUGAUGAUGAUGUUAUAACAGGACUAUUUUACAACUAA